AAAAAUAUGACAAAAGGAUUAAUUACAUUAUUGCUGGUAGAGUUAAGAAAAAAACUGCAAUAUCUAUGGUAUAUCAAGAAAUUAAACAGUUUUUAUCUGAUAUAACAGAUGUGAAUUUACGUCAAAAAAUCCUUAGAGCUAGAAAAUUAUAUAAAUUAUUUAAUAGUUUAGGAUUAGAAAAAAUUAAAUAG